AUGGAUGCGAGCAAAUUUACUCGGUUGGCAAUUGCUGCCAAAAAUCGUCAUCUGCAGCAGCUCAAGCGAACCGAUUCGGUAAUAGAAACCAUACGGUGGCAAAACUCCGACAGAGAUCCAGUCGAUAGUGAAACGUUCCGCCAAAAGUUACUGACCCUGCUCAGCAUCGAAGGUUUGCGGCAUGUAUUCGACCGACGGAAGCACCCUCUGGAAAGAAUCCUUUGGGCAGUAACAAUUGCCGGCGCAGUGUACGGAGCCUUGUUCAUCGGAAUGUACCAAAUGGAUCACUUCUACGCCAGCCCAACGGUUACACAGCUCGACAAAAACUACCGCGGAUGGAUUGGAAACAUGCCAGCAGCUACGUUUUGCUUCCGGGAUCGUUUCGACCGCUCUAAGGCUAUCAAUUACAUCAAACGCAACAACCUAUCCACAAGUGACGAUGUGGCCGAUAUAGAACGAAUCCUGAACCUAUUUCAAGUGCUUGUCAACGUAACCGUUUCGAAUUUCAGCGCAUUAGCACCAUUUACCAUUAAUGACAACGACAACAGUCUACCGCUCACCAACGUCGACAUCCUAUCGGUGGUCAGUGCCGUACAUCCGCACCAUGAAGUUGCUAUAAACAGUUUCGAUCCGGUCUACAACGAUUUGCCAAUUAAGCAAGUCAUCACCGAACGUGGCAUCUGUUACACGCUCAAUGCUCCACUCUCUCGGCUGCAGGCCACCUCUGGUGUCAACCGAGACCAAAGUGCAAAUUCACUAAAUGUCGCUUUUUCACAAAAACCAAUAACAUGUGCUUACUCAAAAAAUCAAUGCUACAUGAAAAUUGAUACCUACGAAUCAACGGUAUCGUACUUACUCCACUCUCCAUUUGAACUGGCCACGAACGAUGUACAAUUUGCUGUAAUGAACGAAACUGAUGAGCUUGUCGCUUCCUAUGUCGUGCUGGAAACAGAGGCCAGCGAUAGGCUACGAGAUUUAUCAGUAAAACAACGCAGCUGCAUUUUCUAUGAUGAAAAAUAUCAAGGUUUAGAGAUUUAUACAUACAACCUGUGCGUGAUGCACUGCCGAGCAACCAGGGCCCUGAAUCUUUGUCAAUGCAAGCCGCACUUUUACCCUUUCGUAGAUGGUCCCACGUGCACUAUCGGUGGGCUGCGGUGCCUAGCGAACCAUCCCAGCUGGCACGAUAAGCAUUCCUGCCGCUGUUUGAAGCCGUGUACCGAAAUUGUGUACUACGUACUGAGCGCUACCAAAAGCCACUGGGCUGCUGAAGGAGGCAUUCCAUUCAAGCAGAAGGCUUCCGUCCGAUGGGAAAUCGUUCAACCGAAAAUGCGAAUCCGACGGGAUGUGCUGUUCACUUUCGAAGAUUUACUAGUUUCUUUUGGCGGUGGCAUUGCACUUUUUGUAGGUAAAAACCUAUUCGCGUUUGCUGAAGUACCAAUAUUUUUAGUAAAGGAAGCAAUGGAAAAGAUUUUCUUUAUGAUCAAAAGAACCAGGAAAUAGAUUUGUGCAAAAUAA